AUGGGUCUAGGAAUUCAUAGAAAGACGCAAAAGGUACCAGAUCUUUCACGCUAUGACUACCAUUAUCAAAAUAAAGCGGACACAGUACCUGGUAAUGGACUUUCAACGGCCGCUGCUGCGGCAUCGGCUGGGAGGAGUCGAUCUUUGGUGUAUUCCAACUCACCUCAAGGAAGACCACAAAGCGCAGGUAGUCGCAGCUAUAGUCUUCGUAAUUCUGGGAGUAUGGGGCUUGCGCCUAAAAGCAGUAGUGAACGGCUAAGCUCAUUAGCCAGAAAAACCUCACAGCAGACAACUCCGAGAAGGAUGUCGUCCAGAACAAACUCGAUGAUAACUGUACAUACCACAGAGGUAAAGGAUCCCAUGGGGAGAACACAAUCUAUCACCAAGAAAACCGUACGUCGGAUAAAUGGCUACGAAUAUGUGGAAACUACCACGAGCACCAGCAAUCCGGUAGGGCCCCAAGACGCGGAUAACCAUUUCAGUGGAUUUACAACUGACUUUUCCGACGAUUUUGCACAGGCAUUUGUGCAGGAUGAGCCUGAAGAUAUGGUGGUAGGGUCUAGAAUAUCGAGUACCCUAAGAGAAGAAGAUGAAGAUGAAGAUGAAGAUGAAGAUAAAGUUGAAGAUGAAGAUGAAGAUAAAGUUGAAGAUGAAGAAGACGAAUAUGAUGAGGCCAACUUCAGCGACGCGAUCGAUUAUUUUCCUCAAUCAAACGGUUCAAAUCGCUCUGGUGGAAAGGUAGCUCGCCCAGCCAAAAAUCCUGGAAGGCCUAAAAGAUUGUUAAGUGAGCAGGAGCAAUAUGCUAAAGCUUUGGAAGCUGCUCAAAAAAAAGUCUACGGCGACAGACUUUUGACUCAGAGUCCAGACCUACGGGUCGGGAACCCAACGAUGAGGAGGAUGAGCUCAUUGCGAGAACCGGCCAUAGCCACUCCUGCCAUUCCCCAGUCAAGGCGUCGCAGUGUAUCGCAAAAGGUAUCUAGGAUAUCUCAGCACGGUUCUACAACCACAAGCGACCCAGAGCCAUCUCUUGGAAUGUCAGCGGCUCAUAAGGAGAAUCUCAACAGACGCCAUAUGAGCGACGAUGAAAUGUAUGCAAAAGCGUUGGAGAUUGCACGCCAAAAGUACUCCGCCGAAGGAGUGGCCUCAAACUCGCAACCCAAGAUAAGAGUAUCUUCGGGGAAAGAAAAUGGCUCUAAGUUCAAUGUCAAGUCGUUCUUCAACAGGGUAGCUCAGUUCAGUCAAGAUAACUAUGGGUAUCAAAACAGAAAGUCGUCAUCGCCGCAGAAGGCGGCGAAGGAAAAGGGUGAGAGCCUCUCAGAAAUGGACUUAAAUGAAUUCGAUGAUCACAAAGACUUUGAGAAGAAGGUGAGUUCUGUGGAAGGUGAUCCUCCUGCUUCAUCAAAAAAUGUGCACCGCCCUCUCAAAGCCGCAAUUAGUUUAAAACCGACGACGAACGGACCUGGUGAGUCCAGAACAGAAGAUCCAUUGGAGGAUACAGGGGAACUCACGACGGUCCACGAGGGAGAAAUCGACACUCCAACUAAUGCCGGGAUAGGCGCUACUCCUGAUGUUACUUUAGAAGACGCCCAGAGGAUUCAAGAGUCAGAUAACAAACAAAACCUGGUAGAUGGGCCGUCGUUGAUAGGUGUCGAAAAAGAUGUGACUGGAACGUACGAUAAGCAGAGUGCCCCUACCGCUAAUACUUUUCCAAUUGGAUCUGAGAGGCUGCCGCAGGGACAACCUACUGUUGGAUCGUCUAUACCAAGCUCGCAGACUAGUUUUACGAGAAGAAGUUUGCGAGGAUCUUCAGCUGGGUUAGGUCAGGACUCGCUGGAGCCUAACACUCAAAGCGAAGGUUCAAGGGAAGUGGUCCAAGCUCCUAGAGCUUCAAAGACGGGACGAAAGUCCAAUUUUUUGCAGAAACUAUUCGCCCGUAAAAAGCCUCAAAGAUAA